CCCCAGCCCUCCCUUCCCACGCCCCAGUGCGCUGUGGGAUAGUGGCACUAUAAAGUAUAUCCUCUCUCGGAGAAAGAUAAGAAGCCCGAGACAGGAGGGGGAUGAAGAUGGCGGACGCCAAGCAGAAGAGGAAUGAGCAGUUAAAGCGAUGGCUGGGCUCGGAAACGGACCUGGAGCCUCCUAUUCUGAAAAAGAAGAAGACGAAGGUGAAGUUCGAUGAUGGCGCCGUGUUUCUGGCCGCUUGCUCGAGCGGCGAUACCGAGGAGGUGCUCCGACUGCUUGACCGGGGAGCUGACAUCAACUACGCCAAUGUAGACGGUCUCACCGCCCUCCACCAGGCAUGCAUAGACGACAACGUGGACAUGGUGACUUUCCUGGUGGAGCAUGGAGCCAGUAUCAACCAACCUGACAACGAGGGCUGGAUCCCCCUUCACGCCGCAGCCUCCUGCGGAUACCUAGACAUAGCAGAGUACCUCAUCAGCCAGGGUGCCAAUGUAGGAGUUGUAAACAGUGAAGGUGAGACUCCACUGGACAUCGCCGAAGAGGAGGCGAUGGAGGAGCUCCUGCAGAAUGAGAUCAACAGACAAGGCGUGGAUAUCGAAGCAGCCCGGAAAGAGGAGGAGCGAAUCAUGUUGCGGGACGCCCGGCAGUGGCUCAACAGCGGCCAGAUCCAGGAUGUCAGGCACGCUAAGUCCGGAGGAACAUCGCUCCACGUGGCUGCUGCGAAGGGAUACGUCGAGGUUUUAAAGCUUUUAAUCCAAGCAGGGUAUGAUGUAAAUAUUAAAGACUAUGAUGGCUGGACUCCUCUACAUGCGGCCGCUCACUGGGGCAAAGAGGAGGCCUGCAAGAUACUGGUGGAGAAUUUGUGUGACAUGGACCUCAUUAAUAAAAUGGGCCAGACGGCUUUUGAUGUAGCAGAUGAAGAUGUUCUGGGAUAUUUAGAAGAAUUACAGAAAAAACAGAAUCUUCUGAUGGGCGACAAAAAAGAUGUUAAGAAAUCUCCUAUAAUUGAAACGACGACCACUGGGGACAACAACCAAUCACUGAAACCACUCAAGAGCAAAGAAACAUUGCUUCUCGAGCCAGAGAAGAGCGCCCCACGCAUUGAGACCUUAGAACCGGAGAAGGUGGAUGAAGAAGAGGAGGGGAAGAAGGACGAGUCGAGCUGCUCUAGCGAAGAAGAGGAGGACGAAGACUCCGAGUCAGAGACUGAAGCAGACAAGGCCAAGCCUGCAACCACAGUGAGCAACAGCACGACACCGACCCCAGCCCCAGCCACCAUCACCGUGACCUCCCCAUCAAGUCCAACUAACCAGGUGACGACCCCCACUUCACCAGUAAAGAAGGUCACUCAACCUGCUCCAAAAGUGUCGGCUAAAGUGGAGGACGACAGGAAGGAUGAGUCUCCGGCGUCAUGGCGGCUUGGUUUGAGGAAGACGGGCAGCUACGGGGCGUUAGCGGAGAUCACAGCCACUAAGGAAGCUCAGAGGGAGAAGGACACGACAGGGGUGAUGCGUUCGGCUUCGAGUCCUCGCCUCUCCUCCUCGCUGGACAAUAAAGAGAAAGAGAAGGAGAAGGAUAAAGGGACGCGGCUCGCCUACGUGGCCCCGACUAUCCCCAGGAGACUGGCCAGUACCUCUGACAUUGACGAGAAGGAAAACAGGGACUCUACUGCUCUGAUACGUAGCGGCUCAUACACUCGGCGGCGCUGGGACGAAGACCUGAAGAACAGUGAAGGAAGCGCCUCCACCAACCGAACCCCCAGCUACCAGCGCAGCACGUCCCACACGCUAGCACUAGGGCGGAGCGGCAGCACGCGGGACGUGCCAGCCAAGUCUUCGUCCACCUCCAGCUUGGACCCUAACACCUGUAAUACUAAACCCUGGCAGCCACCCACCUCCCACUACCAGUCUUACAGCAUUUACCGCAGCGGCUCUUUUGGCAGACGGCACGAGGAUCUGAGUUCCUCAACCUCCUCCUCCACGACCACCACCACCUCCUCAUCUGUUACCUCGCCUACAGGCCAUCGCGGCCUGUUCUCCAGCCUGGGCUCCUCCUCCACCCGCACUGGCUCCACCAGUCUCACCAGCAGGUACUGGUCAGAGGAGAGUGCAGAGAGGGAAAAGGAGAAAGAGAAGGAGUCUGCGGCGGUCAUCCCCACUAUAAACACUGGCUCUACCACGACCACCACAUCCACCACUACCACCGCCAUAUCUACCACUACCACCACCACCACCACUGGCACUGGCACCGGCCCAGAAAGACGCAGGUCAUACCUGACGCCGGUGCGAGACGAGGAAUCAGAGUCUCAGAGGAAAGCUCGCUCCAGACAGGCCCGACAGUCACGGAGGUCCACCCAGGGUGUGACUCUGACUGACCUGCAAGAGGCAGAGAAAACGAUCGGCCGGAGUCGUACCCCAAAGACCCGAGAAGAGGAGAAAGAGGAGAAAGAGAAGCAGGACAAGGAGAAGCAGGAGGAGAAGAAGGAGACAGAGACAAAGGAGGACGAUUACCGAUCAAAGUACCGCAGCUAUGAAGAGCGCUACCGGCCAUCUUCUUCCUCCUCCACCUCCUCUAUUUCCACGGUCAGCACUGCCUCCACCCCGUCCUACACUAGCACCACUUUGUCCUCGAGCUCCAGCUCCCUGAACAGGCCCAACAGUCUGACGGGGAUUACCUCCUCCUACAGCCGCUCGUCCAGAGAUACAGAAAAAGAAUUGGAGAAGAAGGAGGAGGAGAAAGAGGGAGAGGACAAGUCUCAGCCUCGCUCCAUACGGGAUCGCAGGCGGCCCCGCGAGAAGAGACGCUCCACAGGAGUCUCCUUCUGGACCCAAGAUGGUGAUGAAAACGACCCCGACCAGCAGUCCGACUCAGAGGAGGGCAGCACCAAGGGAGACACACAGAGUGACAGAUUGUCCAGCACUUCAUCAGUAGAUCGCAAUGACGCUCUUUUCAGUCGAAGCUAUGGUGAGAGUCGAAGGACAUACUCGAGCCGGCUGGAUAGAGACGACACCACUGACUAUAAGAAGCUCUACGAGCAGAUCUUAGCUGAGAAUGAGAAGUUGAAGGCUCAGUUACGUGACACAGACUUGGAGCUGGCAGACUUGAAGUUACAACUAGAGAAGGCCACACAGAGGCAGGAACGCUAUGCUGACCGAUCACAGCUUGAGAUGGAGAAAAGGGUAACAAGCAGGCCCCAAUAUCAUCUGGGUGGUGGAAAGAAGAGCUCUAGAAAGGAAGAUUUCUGAGAUGGAGGAGGAACUUAAGAUGCUCCCAGACUUGAAAGCCGACAACCAGAGACUAAAGGACGAGAACGGAGCGCUCAUUCGAGUCAUUAGCAAGCUUUCCAAGUAGAACACACCCUCCUUUUACACCCAGAACUCCCCCCCGAAUCCUCGUCUUCUGCACCCCCCCUCUAGUCCCCCAUGGCAGUGACUAAUGGAAUUGCACAUUUAGAUAUUAAUUGCAACAGACAUCAGAGACUCCUUUUUUUAUUCUCCAAACUUUUGCUCCUUUUUUUGUUUUGCUGCAGCAUCCAUCCAUCCAUCCAUCCAUCCUCGUCUAUUUCUGAUCGAGUCCCGGUAGAAUCACUGAGUUUACAGAGCAAAAAAAGGAAAAAGGGGUCGUGUUACGAGCAUGUAAAGCAUCGUCUGGGGCGGGAAAAGCCUGAGAACUAUUUAACCAAUAAGCCUUAGUUGUACAUAAAGAGAAAACACUCUGCAUCGAUCUCUUCUCUCUCGGCUAUCACUGAACGACAGAUAUUAUCCGACACCUGAUUUUAUUUGUGCCACAAUCCCUCUUUAUUUUGUUUCUUCUUCCUUGUGUGCUGUGCGGUUUCCUCCCUCCUUAAAGUGCCACUUCUCGUCUUUUUUCACCACCUCGUGGCUCCUUUUUAUUUUAUUUAUCCCUCCUUUCACGCACCCUCCUCCUUUUUUUUUUUGUACCUCUGUGUGUCUUCCUCCAAGAGGGAAAAAUGUUGAAUCUCGCUUUAGCGAAAAAGAGGCGGACCUGGUGGAAUUUAAGCUUUCACUGUAUGUGCAAUAUGCAUUUCUUUUCUUUUUUUAAUGCUUUAAUGAUGAGUCCAUCACACGUAGGAUUUUUUCACUCUUCCACCGCUUCCAUCGCUCACCUUCCUCCUCUUUUUUUUUUGUUUUAAGUUUGUAGUGUAGUCAGUUUAUACUUUGUAUUUCUCACUUUUUGUUUUAGCAGGUACUGAGUGACGCUGUAUAUACCUGUAUGUAUUUGUUUGAGACCAGCACAUGGCAUGCGUUUAUGGUUCCCGUCUGUUACUAUUAAAAGUAUACAAAUUCCAGAGGACAAAAAGGUGUGUUUUAAUUCUUAUAUUUUCUUUUUAUAGUCUAAAAACAUCGGAUACAGUACAGUAGAGCCUCUCUCUUUACACAAAGAAAGGCAGCAGUGUUCAGUGCUUUUCUUUUCCACAUAAUCGUGAGAUUAAAAAAAAAAAGAAAUAAUCACAUUUCACUUUCAUUGUAUCUUGGAAGAGUGCUGUUAAUUUUGUUUCGGAAUUUUUUUUAAACGCUGUAGUAUUCUAGCCGAGGUGUUGUCACUAAAAAAUCCAUUUAAAAAAAAGACUAUCUUAGGUAUCUUCGCUAACCCAGUCCUUUUUACAAAUGUCUACAUGCACUGUCGAUGCCAUGCCAGGAGUCUUGAUGUCAGGUUAUAACGCAAAAUCGCCACCUUCAAAUAUUUCAUGCAUCUGAACAUUUUAUGCAUUUCAGUGGCCUUUUAAGGAUAUUUUAGUAAAAAGAAGUUUAAAAAGAAAAAGUCACUGCAGAUGGAUUGAUGACCAUCUUCUCUGGUUUAGACUUUUUUGUUUGUUUUUUUCUUUAUUAUUAUUUUUUUCCCGUCAUCUUGUAAAAUAGGUGUGUGGCUUAAUACAUGCAAGCUGUGCUGUGACUACCAACCACUGAAGAGUUCAUUAAAAAUAAACUUGUACAUUGUAAAGUU